UCGCCAUCGAUCUGUGCCUUUGACUGCCAUCUGUCUGCGGUCGUUGAAGAUUCAUUUUUCUCUGUUCUUUCUCGCUCUCAAACUCUACCGUCUCCUUCUUAGCGCUUGGUAGAGCUUUUUCUCUCACACCAACGACGAGUUCAUACUCAAACACGAGGAUCUCAACGUGUACAAAGGAUAACCGACAACGACAGCUCUCCAUCUUAUCAUCGACCAGCAGCAGUGGUUGAAACAUACUCUCAGGAUUGGUCGCACCACCAUCCACAACCUUGUGUAACCAGAAAACCCCCGUAGCCUGUUCCAGGCACACCACCGACUGUCCACCACCCAAGCCCAGGACCAUAUCCAUUCAUGGAGCGUGACAUACUAACAAAGUUUACAGGCGAACUCGAUGGUUCCCUCAAUCCGCAUAUUUUCAUCUCCAACGUCCACAUUUUCUAUCUUUCCAGUCACGUUUCCACGGACGCAUACGUAACUACCUUCGCAUUGUUCCUCGAUCCAGAUAGCGUAGCAAUGCGUUGGUAUGACGAGGAAAUCAAAGGCAAAGUAACGGUAUGGGAAGAGCUGGUGAAGAAAUUCAAGCAGAGGUUUCCCAUACAGCUAUCGUCGUUCCAGGAACUAUAUCAAGUAGCCUGGAAACGCCGAGACCGUAAUGCCCUUUUCCAGGAUGUCGAACCUGGCCAAAAGCACAAAUCCCUAAAAAUUUUCUUCGAACUCAAUGAAGACCCCCAAGAACGCAUAUUGGUCAUUCCUGAAUAUCGAGCAGCUCUUUCCGAUGCAAAACGCUGGUUUGUCGGACAAACGCCCCUCAAAACAAAGUUUACAGAGGAGGACUUUUAUUGGAGGUCACCGGUUUCUGAGGGUGAAGGUGAAGGUGAAGACCGGCAAAUGGACAUCGAUGUCCCAGAUGUCGAUGACACUGAGUGGUCCGAUCCAAGCUGUCCCUAUUCUACUUUUAUCGUCUGUGGGAUGCCUGGCAUCGGGAAAACCUGCUUUCUUUAUUACGUUCUUGUAGAACGUCUCCUCCGAAAUCUUCCCACUUGUUUUCAGACCGAAAAAAGCAGCUUUACCUAUUGGUGUGCCGAGGGCGUGUCUGAGAUUAGUACCCUGGGUAAGUUCCGACGGAGACUAUCCAAUGAUGUCUGGUUUCUUGUCGACUCAAACCAGUUCAUCGACUCUCCCGACGCCAACAUAUUGGCUUCCGGUGCAAGAAUAAUCCAAGCGGCUUCUCCACGGAAGGCUCGUCUCCAAUGGGCGGAGAAGCGAAGCGCCUACACCUAUAAGUGGUUCAUGAAGCCUAGCCCGUUACCAGAGCUGUUGAUGAUGCCCUUUUGGCCCUCUUACCCCAGUGCCCUGACAGAAGAACAAGUGACGACAUUUGCGGAGAAAUAUGGGCCAUCCCCUCGCCUGAUCAUUCACUAUGCGCGUCGUCUCGACGGAUACAGUCGUGUCCUGCAGUCCAAGAUUAGCAUGCUCGAUUUCGACAAGCUCAAACAACUGGUUAUUGAGAUGAAACACUCGGACAUCCACGACGACACUCUUUCACAUUGGAUCUUUGGUGUAUAUCCAGAUUUUCAACGCGACCAAACUACAGUCGAUUACCUUACAAGACAUAUUUACGGUCUCAUAAAAACAGCUUUCUCUGACAACUGGAGAUUACAUGCCCGGAACAUGUAUAGACUGUUCAACUCUGCUUCGCAGACGCGAGGCGCCGCAGGGCAUCUUUUGGAGGAUGUACUUCAUGGGGACUUGCCAUUGGGGGGUCACUGGGAGGUGACCGAGCUGUUCAAGCGUGCAAAAAGGUUACAAUCACAAAAAAAUACCAUAUUCACAACACCCACCCCCGAAGAGUCCAGAAACGUCAAAUACUUUUUCAUCGGCUCCGAUCCAGCCAUUGUCGAAGCCGUUCCCGAAAGUCAUGACCCACAACCUCUCAGGGUGUAUCGGUAUCGCCCCGGCGAAGUUAAAUCCAUUUACUUCAGCAAUCUGGGCUACUAUCGACCGUAUGCUCAAAAUCAAGCAACGUUCGAUUCCUUGAUUGUUAAUCACCAGAGCAAAUCCGUAUUUGCGUUGCAGUUUACCGUUUCAAGUGAACACAGCGUCAGCAAGUACGGAAUGAAGUUCUUGAAGGACCACUUCAGCAACUACAAGUGUUACUACAUUCUGGUUAGUGAUCAGAAGGACGUCAAACUUCCGGUACUCAGUGACUACGAUCAAAUGUGGCAGUCACUGUGGCAUUUGUAUGUUACGGAGGAUGCGCUGUUCUCAAAACGUUAAGCUGGAGUUGAUUAUAAGUACUGCGGUCUCUGAUUCUGUCUGUUAUAUUGUAACCAUCCCGUUCUGUACCUAGUCUCUUGCUAGUCUCGAUAGCUUGCUUUUCAC